AUGGACUCAUUCAAAUUCCUCAAACGUCGCACGACGGAGCUCUUCAACUCCCUCCCCUCAUCACUCCCCGCCAUCAAAAGCCCUACCUUUGGCAGCGGCAACAGCAACAUCAUGAGGGGCACCUGGGAAAAGCUUCAGCUCCCGCCUCUUCCGAGAUCAGGCCACACAGCCGACAUCGUCGACGGCACCGUCUACAUCUUCGGCGGCGGCAACGACAACGACGUCCACACCAUCACCCUUCCCGCAAGCGGAGCCCAAGCCGAUUACUACACCAUCAAGGCCAAACCCGUCAAAUCCACCGCCCCUAAACCCAAAGACCCCAACCCCGACGUCCCUUCCAUCUCCAUUGAAGAAACCCCCAACGACGAGCCCCAAAACCUCUCCGACAUUUCUCUCACCUCCCCUCCUCCCGGGUCAAAAGACAAGGGAAAAUCCCCCGCCUCACCCACCUCUUCCCUCCCAGACAUCCCCCCUCCCCGCAAAGGCCACGCCUCUGCCGUGAUCGGUCACAGGAUCUUCCUCUUCGGCGGUUCAUCCCCCUCAACCCCCUCCCAACCCCUCAACGAAUCCGGCCGCGUCUGGAUCUUCGACACCCGCACCCACCUCUGGUCCUUCCUCGACCCAGCCCUAGCCACACCCGCCCAUCCCUCCCCUAGGUUCAACCACGCAGCAGUAUCAACCCCGAAACCAGACAACUUCUCCCCCUCUUCCCAUCCUUCCGGCCAUACCACAUGGAAAGAAUGGGCCUUAGGAACCGACACCACCAACCUCCACGAGCAGGGAAUCCCCCAAGAUCCCGUGGUGGGUUUCCUCGCGGAAAAAGCGCGUGAUCUUGACUCUGAAGGUUACGGGACGUUUAUCAUUUCCGGUGGUACCCUGCCCUCAGGGGAGGCGUCAGAUGAAACCUGGGCGUUUGACGUCCACUCUUCUACCUGGCAGCCUCUCCCUUCUUCCCUUUCCCCGGUGACAGGUGGGUGUAGUCUCGCGCUGGCAAAGAACAGGUUGUAUAAGCUCGGCGGCGGGGAGGGUGGUGGUGGCGGUUCUGACAAGCUCACAAUGGAGUAUUUAUCCCUCUCCCUUGACUCCUUCAACGAUGUUGCUUCCGCGGGGGAGGAGGUGUUGGUUACGGCGAAGGGUGGCUGGAAACCUAUUCUACCGGGGAAGGAGGAUGUGGGGUAUAAAACUCCGGACUUGACCGCCGUCCCUCUUGAUGACGACGACGACGACAACAGUGCCAGUUUUUGGCCAGCAGCGAGGACGAACGCUUCGUUAAGUGUAGUGACGAUUGGUGGUGUCAAUGGAAGAGAGUAUUUGUUGCUUGCGUUUGGGGAGGACGGGCAAGGUGGGAAGAUGGAUGAUGUUUGGGCUUUUUUGACGCCAAAGUCGGGGCAUGAAAAGGGGCGGCAUGGGGUGACGGAGGGGAGUUUUGUCAAGGCGCAGGAUGCGGUUUGGGAUGGGGUGGGGGGGUUGCUUGGUGGUGGGAGGGAUAGACACCAGGAGGGGAGGUGGUUUAGGGUUGAGAUGGGGGUUGAGGAUGAGGAGGAUGAUGAUAGUUUGGAUGGGCCCGGGGGGAGGGCACAAGCCGCGAUGGCGAGUAUUGGGGACUUGGACGAGAGUGGGGUUGUGAUUUGGGGGGGUGUUGUUGGACAGGGGAAUAGGGUGAAGGGGGAUGGGUGGGUGAUGAGGUUGAAGUGA